UCGAGCGAAUCGUUUUCAAUUUCAGAGCUGUCAUCUAUCCACUGCUAAUCGAGAUCACGAGUCUUGGUAACGUAGUAGCCUUCAUAGGUAGUGCAUACUUACAUGGUGUUCCGCGAAAGCAACAAUGGUUUUUGAAUCUCUGGUCAGUGACUUACUGAACAAGUUUAUCGGAGACUAUGUGGAAAACCUGGACAAGUCUCAGCUCAAGAUAGGCAUUUGGGGAGGAAAUGUUGUUCUUGAAAAUCUGAAAGUAAAGGAAAAUGCUUUGAGUGAGUUUGAUGUUCCAUUCAAAGUGAAGGCAGGGCAGGUUGGAAAGCUUACAUUGAAGAUACCUUGGAAGAACCUGUACAAUGAUGCGGUGGUUGCUACUUUAGAUGGUCUGUAUCUGCUUGUGGUUCCUGGAGCAACUGAGACACGGGUGAUAACCAGUGUUCACAAUGCAAUUAAGUAUGACGCAGCCAAGGAGGAGAGAUACAUGCAGGAGGCCAAGCAGAAGGAGCUGCAGCGCAUCGAAGAGGCAUUGCAGAUGGCUGCACGCAGAGACAAGCCUCAGGAUGAAAAGAAGGACACGUUUGCUGAGAAGAUGGCCACGCAAGUCAUCAAGAACCUGCAAGUCAAGAUCACCAGCAUUCAUAUCAGAUAUGAGGACGAUCUGUCGGACCCCCAGUGUCCGCUCUCCAUGGGAGUCACCCUCGCUGAGCUGAGCUUGCAGACAGCUGAUGAGAACUGGAAGACAUGCAUACUAAAUGAGGCUGCCAAGAUUAUCUACAAGUUGGGUCGACUUGAAUGUCUGUGUGCUUACUGGAACGUCAACAGCCCUCUUUUCUACAAUGACUCAUGGGAAGAGAUAGUGGACAAGCUCAAAGCAGGCAUCAGCACCAAAGAGCAGGAGCUCAAAGACUACCAAUACAUAUUCAAACCCAUCUUUGCUUCUGCUAAGAUGUGUAUCAACCCCAAUGCUGAGGUCGAGCUCAAGUCCCCCAAAGCCAACCUGUACCUGGAGGUGCAGGACAUAGCAAUAGAGAUGACCAAACCUCAGUACCUCACCAUGAUAGACCUUCUAGAGUCCAUCGACUGCAUGGUGAAGAAUGGGCCCUACAGGAAGUUCAGGCCAGAUGUCCCUGUGAGCCAAAAUGCCAAGCACUGGUGGAAGUACUGCAUGACCAGCGUGCUUGAGGUCCACAUCAGACGCCUCAACCAGAUGUGGUCGUGGUCCAACAUCCGUAAGCACAGGCUGACUGUGAAGGCCUACAAGGCAGCUUACAAAGCCAAGCUGCUGACACAGGGGAAACCAAGAGAAGACACGGAGAAACAGAUCCAGGACCUGGAGAAAGGGCUGGAUGUAUUCAACAUAACCUUGGCCAGACAGCAAGCGCAAAUGGAGGUGAUCCGGUCAGGCCAGAAGCUGGUGGCCAAGAAGGCGGCGGGGGGGCAGAAGCAGGCCGGGGGGGGCUUCUUCAGCAGCUUGUUCGGCAGAAAGGAGGGCAAGAAGAAGGAGCUGGAGGACACCCAGGAGCAGGAGAGCAUGGGCUUGGAUGAGCUGAUGACCGCUGAUGAAAAGACCAAACUCUACACUGCCAUCGGAUACAGUGGCAGUUCACAAAACCUGGCCUUACCUAAGCAGUAUGUGGCAGUGAUCAUCACCUUCAAGCUCUUCAGGACGUCCAUCACGCUGAGGGAGGAGCCUAACGUUCCAGAGAUCCUCAAGGUCCAGAUGAUCGACCUGAGCACCAGCAUAUCUCAGAGGCCCGGGGCACAGGCUAUCAAGGUGGAGGCGGGGCUGCAGCACUGGUACGUGACUGGCUUGGAGCAGCAGGGGGAGGUCCCCUCCCUCAUAGCCUCCGUGGGAGGCUCCACCUCCUCCCUGCUAAGUAUCCUGUUUGAGCUCAACCCGGAGGACAGCACGGCCGACCAGCUGCUGCGUGUGCACUCGCAGCCUGUGGAGAUCAUCUAUGACGCGUUGACAGUGAACAGCAUGGUGGAGUUCUUUAAGACGGCGAAAGGCAUGGACCUGGAGGUGCUGACCUCUGCUACCCUCAUGAAGCUGGAGGAGAUCAAGGAGAAAACGGCUACUGGCCUGUCACACAUCAUUGAGAACCGUAAGAUUCUGGACCUGAGGAUCAACCUCAAGCCUUCCUACCUGCUGGUGCCCAAGUCUGGCUUUUACCAACCCAAGACUGAACUGAUGAUCAUCGACUUUGGUAGUUUACAAUUAAACAGUGUGGACCAAGGUAACCAGCAGCCAGCGUCUCCCAGCUUCUCCUCCCUGGAGGAGAUCAUGGACCGAGCCUAUGAGAGAUACUCCCUGGAGCUACGCAGUGUCCAGGUCCUCUACAGCAAGUCAGGGGAGACAUGGAAAACUGCUCGCCUCCAGGGCUCGUCCAUCCAGCACAUCCUCCAGCCAAUGGACUUCACCGUCCAGCUGGCUAAAUGCAUGGUGGACAACGACGCCAGAAUGGCCAGGUUCAAAGUGUCGGGGGAACUGCCAUUGCUCCAUGUGAAGAUCUCAGACCAGAAGAUCCAAGGUGUUCUAGACCUGGUCAACAGCAUCCCCCUUCCCCUUAUGGGCUCAACCCCCUCCACCCCUACUGGGAAGGUGGUGUCGCUAGCUAAUGCUAGACCAAGAGUUCUAAGUAUAAACCCCUCAACUCUUCCAUAUGCAAUGGAAACAGAUUCUGAUGAGGAUGCCAGUGAGAGGUCCCAGAUGGAUGAAGACCACCGGCGCACAGCCAGCGAGGAGCUCACUGACGUGCACUUCAAGUUUGAAGUCAAAGCGGUGCUUCUGGAGUUGACUCGUCAGGCAGACCAGGAGAACACCGUGCUGGCCCUCAGCGUCACCCAGCUUGGAGCCGAGGGCAAGAUGAGAACCUAUGAUCUGUCCAUCACCUCCUACCUCCGCAAAGUAGGCCUGGACUACUGUGAGAUCAGAGAUGCUCAAAAUCAGCCUCUUCACCUAAUCAGCUCUUCGGACAAGCAGGGCUCUGACCUACUAAAGGUGGAAUACAUCAAAGCUGAUGCUAAUGGUCCAAACUUCCAAACCAUGUUUGACAACACUGAGCAAACACUGAAGGUGGAGUUCUCCUCUUUGGACUUCCUUCUCCAUACCAAAGCUCUGCUGUCUACCAUAAACUAUCUGAACACUGCCGUGCCUCAAGACCUCACCACCACUAAGGAGCGUGAGGCCAAGACACAGGUGCAGAAAGGCCGACAAGGCAGGACAGUGUUGAAAGGAUCCAAAGAUGCCAACGUCUUCAAUUUGAAGUUGUUCGCCAUGUUGGGUUGUUUCCGCCUGGAGGUCUGUGAUGACCGACGGAACAUCGCUGAUAUCAGAGUCCAAGGUAUUGAUGCUUCUGUGCUGGUUCAGGCCAAACAGACAGAAGUGUUUGCAAGGCUCAGAGACAUUGUAGUGAUGGAUGUUGACCCCAAAACAAUUCACAAAAAAGCGGUGUCUAUCAUGGGGGAGGAGGUGUUCAGCUUCAAGUUGUCGCUGUACCCCUGUGCCACAGAGGGCGAGGCAUACUCUGAUACCUCCAAGGUGGACGGGAAGGUUACCAUGAGACUAGGCUGCAUCCAGAUUGUCUACCUCCACAAGUUUCUCAUGUCACUGCUGAGGUUUGUGGACAACUUCCAGACAGCCAAAGAGGCCCUGAGUGCAGCCACUGCUCAGGCAGCAGAGAAGGCAGCCUCCAGCGUCAGGGACUUUGCCCAGAAGAGCUUUCGUCUCUCCAUGGACAUCAGACUGAAGGCCCCCCUCAUCAUCAUACCACAGUCCUCUGACUCCCACAAUGCCUUUGUGGUGGACCUGGGUCUGAUCACCGUGGGCAACAGUUUCAGUCUGAUGUCAGCCGAAGGGCUCCCUCUCCCAGCCGUGGUAGAGAAGAUGGAUGUGAAGCUCACCCACCUUAAGUUGUCCAGAACUAGUUUGAAACAAGGUUCUCCACAGCCAGACAUCGAGAUCCUCCAGCCAAUAAACUUGGAACUGCUUGUCCACCGCAACCUGGCAGCCUCAUGGUUCACCAAGAUCCCUGGGGUCCAUGUCCAGGGCGUUCUCAAGUCUAUGAACAUGGCACUUGGGCAAGAAGAUUUUGCAGUUCUGAUGAAGAUCCUGGUUGAGAACAUAGGGGAGGGAAGCAAAGAGCACAGCAUGGAUGUGAAGAGGCAGGUGGCACAAGAGAAAGCAGAAAUGGCCGAACAGCAGAUAGACAUGGUGUCUUUACCACUUGCUUCUGAAAGUCGCCAUGCUUUGACAAACGGAGGCCCCAGUGAAAACACAGUCAAUGUCCUCCUCAACUUUGAAAUCAAGGAGGUGGUGCUAAAACUGCAAAAGACCAGGGAGGAGAAGGAGAAUCCAUUCCUGGUUCUGCAUGUGGCUCACCUAGGUAUAAACACCAAAGUCCGAAAGUACGACAUGGAUGCCACCACAUACAUCAAGAAGAUCACCAUGAAAUGCCUGGAAUUUGCAGAUUCCAGUGGCGAGCCGCUGUGUCUGAUCAGUUCUUCUGUAGAGCCUGGGGCUGAGCUUCUCAAAGUGCAAUACUUUAAGGCUGACAGAAAUGGGCCAAAUUUUGCAACGAUCUACAACAACAUCGAGCAGAGGAUGGAUGUGACAUUCUCAUCUCUGGACCUGUUGCUCCACACUGAGGCUCUGCUGUCCACCAUCAACUUCCUGUCUGCGGCCCUGUGCCCCAGCAGCCCGCCCUCACCAGAGAGGGAACCCAGACAGAGGGCUGAGGAGAGCAGGGCCGUCUCAGCCAAGUCAACUGCUCUAGGUUCACCUUCGGACAGUGACGUGAUAGAUCUGAAGAUCACAAUGCGGUUAGGGGCUUUCAACGUCCUGGUGUGUGACCAGAACAGCAACAUGGCCGACAUCAAGAUCCAAGGCAUUGAUGGAUCUCUGCUGAUGCAAGGACCCCAAACACACAUAUCUUCCCGUCUGAGGGAUUUCAUCGUCAUUAAUGUGGAUCCUAAAAGUAUUCACAAAAAGGCUAUCUCAAUAGUAGGGGACGAGGUGUUCAGUUUUGCCAUGAGUCUGACCCCCAAAGCUACGGAAGGAGCCGGAUACGCCGACACAUCAAAGGUGGACGGCAAGCUCAAGCUGAACGUGGGCUGCAUCCAAGUGGUCUACCUCCACAAAUUUGUUAUGUCUUUACUGAACUUCACCAACCACUUCCAGACAGCCAAAGAGGCCCUGAGUGCAGCCACUGCUCAGGCAGCAGAGAAGGCAGCCUCCAGCGUCAGGGACUUUGCCCAGAAGAGCUUCCGUCUCUCCAUGGACAUCAGACUGAAGGCCCCCCUCAUCAUCAUACCACAGUCCUCCGACUCCCACAAUGCACUGGAGGUGGACCUGGGUCUGAUCACCGUGGGCAACAGUUUCUCUCUGCUUCCUGUAGAGGGCUGUCCUCUACCAGCAGUUAUUGAUAACAUGGACGUACAACUCACGCAGCUUAAACUCUCCAGAAUUAGCUUGGAUGCAGAGUCCUCUCCGCCCACCACUGAGCUCCUGGAGCCUCUCAACCUGGUCCUGACUGUGAAGAGGAACCUGGCAGCAGCAUGGUACCCCAAGAUGGCCGCCAUCGAGAUCGAUGGAGACUUAAAACCCAUGAAGGUUGCCUUGAGUCAGGGCGAUCUGACAGUUCUGUUGAAGAUCCUGACAGAGAACAUUGGAGAAGCUAGCGGCCUGCAGUCUGAAGCCCAGACCAGUGUUGACGCUUCUCAGAGACUGGCAAGCACUCCACAGUGGAAGACGGGCUCCCCUGUUAAAGGUGGCUUUGAGAAGCAAAAUGAAUGUAAUGACCAAGAGGAAGAGGAGCCACUGGCAACUAUGACGUUUAAUUUUAACAUUGAGUCACUUGGGCUGGUCCUCUACAGCGACGAUCCUAAACAGAAGGCAGCUGUGAGCCAGCACCAGUGUGGCAUGCGACUGGGGGAGUUCACCCUCCAUCUGAUGAAGGCUUCAGGGAAGAUGUUCAACAACGACACCAUGGAGGUCAACACCAUCCUCACGGCCUGUACCCUGGACGACCUGAGGACGGGCAUCCAGAGGGUCACCUCACGCAUGGUGGGCAAGCGGGAUGAGGAGAGCGACCAGGCCAUGAUCGACGUGACGUACCGACAGAGCGCCCAGGAGCGGGAGGUGGUCGCUGUGCUGCAGAAUCUCUACCUGUGCGCCAGCGUGGAGUUUCUCAUGGCCGUGGCGGACUUCUUCAUCCAGGCCAUGCCCCAAAGCCCUCCAGUGCCCGCGCGCAGCGCCCAGCCCGACAAGACCAUCCAGCUGCCACUCAAACAGCUUGCAGAGCCUCGCGCUCGCCCCAACUCUGCCAUGCCCAAGACCAAGCUGCGGGCGGUGGUGGUGGACCCGGAGGUGGUGUUCGUGGCCAACCUGAUGAAGGCAGACGCCCCUGCUCUGGUGGCCUCCUUCCAGUGUGACUUCUGCCUGCAGACCCAGGACGAUGGCACCCAGAACAUCAGGGCCAAUCUGCGGGAGCUCAAAGUCCUGGCCUGCUCCUUUAUUAGGAACAAGGAGGACAAGUUUGUCACCACGGUUUUAAAGCCGUGUUCUGUUGCCCUGGAAACUACAACCCUGCCCAACCAACCUCUAAAUGGAUCUGUGACUGUUGAAGAAGUCAUUGUUAAGAUCUCUCCAGUCAUCCUCAACACUGUCAUGACCAUCACCGCGGCCAUGACAACCAAAUCCAAGGAUGAGCAGAGCGAGCAGACCAACGAGGAGGCCAGCUCCCUGUGGUCGGUCAUGAACAUCUAUUCCUGCAACUACUGGUUCCUGGGGGUGGACACAGCCUCGGAGGUCACCGAGAGCUUCAGGGACCAGGACGGGAGCAACAUGGGCGAGAGCUUCACCGUGGACGUCAAGGUGGUCCAGGUGACCAUGGAGUCCGGCCUGGGUCAUAGGACAGUGCCGCUUCUGCUGGCCGAGUCCUCCUUCUCUGGGACGGCCAAGAACUGGUCGUCUCUGCUCCACCUCAACGCCGACAUGACCCUAGAGGUGAACUACUUCAACGAGACCCAUGCAGUGUGGGAGCCCCUGAUUGAGAGAGUGGAUGACGGCAGGAGGAGAUGGAACCUCAAACUGGAGAUGAAGAACAAUCCGGUCCAGGACAAAAGCCCCGUACCCGGUGACGACUUUGUUCUUCUCCCUGAGCCAUGCACGGCCAUCACCAUCUGCUCCAAGGACACCAUGAACAUCACCAUAUCAAAGUGCUGCCUCAGUGUCUUAAACAACCUGGCACAGGCGUUCUCCGAGGGCACUGCCUCCACGUUCGACCACUCCCUGAAAGAGAGGGCCCCCUUCACCAUCAGGAACGCGCUGGGCAUCCCCCUGAUCGUGCAGCACAGCUCCAGCCUGCGCAUGCUGGACUCCCCCGCCCAGGGCAAGCUGCACGAGGUGGGCGUGGAGCAGAGUGUGGACCUGGAGUACUCUGUGUACCAGUCCUCCAGAGGGAAGCUGUCGGCCCUGCAGCGCCAGGAGAGCUGCCUGUUCAACCUCAGCAUCGUGCCCUCAGGCUACAGUGACAUCUCCAACAUUGCCGUGGACAAGCCGGGCCGCAGGCUCUACAAUGUGCGCGGGCCCAUGUGCCAGGAGGCCGUGUCGGUGCUGAUGCAGAUAGACGCCUCAGAGGGCAACAAGGUCAUCACGGUGCGCUCGCCGCUCCAGUUCAAGAAUCAUUUCUCGGUGCCCUUCACCUUACUGAAGUACUGUCCUACUUCUAGAAGCCUGGUCGCCAUCGGAGUGGCCGAGCCAGAGAAAGAGUUCCACGUUGCUCUGGAGUCCUACAGGUGCCAGCUGUUCCUGCGCCCCGUGGGCUUCCUGGAGGGCCAGUACGGCCCCUCCUCCACCUGCGUGGCCUGGAAGGAGCAGGUGCACCUCAGCUCCGAGGUGCACUCCCUCUUGCAGUGCCCCUCGACCGACAGCAGCUUCCUGCCCCUCAUGGUGACCACGCUGGCCGUGCCCGAUGACCUGCGGCACAUCUCCAGCCAGGGCGAGGACGACUGGGACCCUGCCUACAUCAUCCACCUGCAUCCCACCGCCACCCUGCGCAACCUGCUGCCCUACACCAUACGCUACCUACUGGAGGGCUCGGCAGAGUUCCACGAGCUCCAGGAGGGCAGCACGUCCGACGUGCUCAACGCCCGCAUCGGCGGCGAGAUCAUGGAGCUGGCGCUGGUCAAGUACCAGGGCCGCAACUGGUGCGGCCGCAUCCGCAUCAGCCAGGACGUGCCCGAGUUCUUCCAGGUGUGCUUCACCUGCGAGUCGGACCCCAAGCUGAGCCUGGACACCAGCGUGCACGUGGUCUGCUCGCCCGGCCGCCUCCUGCUGUCCGUCUUCAGCCCCUACUGGAUCAUCAACAAGACGUCCAGGGUGCUCCAGUACCGGGCGGAGGACGUGGCCGUCAAGCAUCCGGCCGAUUUCCGAGACGUCGUCCUCUUCUCCUUCAGGAAGAAGAACAUCUUUAGCAAGAACAAGCUCCAACUUUGCGUGUCCACCAGUUCCUGGUCAGAUGGCUUCUCAUUGGACACCGUGGGGAGUUAUGGCUGUGUGAGGUGCCCUGGUAACACCAUGGACUUCCUGGUUGGAGUGAGCAUCCAGAUGAGCAGCUUCAACCUAACCCGGAUUGUGACCAUGAGCCCCUUCUACACCCUGGUCAACAAGUCCUCCUACGAGCUGGAGGUGGGGGAGGUGCCGGACCAGGAGGGCUUCGUCGACGGGAGGUGGCACUACAUCUCCUCCACUGAGUGCCUGCCCCUGUGGCCAGAGACCACCACAGGGAAGCUGUGUGUCAGAGUAGUGGGCUCCAACUCCUCCUCCAAGUCCUUCUUCUUCAACAAGCAGGACAACGGCACCUUGCUGGGCAUGGAUGUCUAUGGAGGGGUCAUCGUGGAUGUGAACCUGUCAGACCACUCCACGGUGAUCAGCUUCACUGACUACUACGAAGGAGCCGCCCCCGCUCUCUUAGUCAACCACGCGCCCUGGGUCAGCAUCAGCUACAGGCAGAGUGGUUCAUCAGGCAUCAGAGAGCUGAAGCCAGGAGAGGCUCAGAGGUUUGCCUGGGACGACCCUGCAGGGACCCGCAAGCUCAGCUGGAGCUGCCUGGAGCACACUGGAGAACUGGACCUGGUCAAGGACGAGUGUGGUCAGUUUGCGUACGACGGGCUGUCCCAGGUCCACUGGGUGUCGUUCCUGGACGGGCGCCAGCGCGUGCUGCUGUUCACCGAGGACCUGGCCGUGGUGACCAAGGCCCGGCAGGCUGAGGAGCUGGAGCAGUUCCAGCAGGAGGUCAACGUGUCGCUGCAGAACCUGGGCCUGUCGCUCAUCAACAACGACAACCGCCAGGAGAUCGCCUACGUAGGCAUCACCAGCUCUGGGGUGGUUUGGGAGAUGAGACCAAAGAAUCGCUGGAAGCCCUUUAACCAGAAGAACAUCAACCUCCUGGAGAAGGCCUACCAGAAGCACCUGGCUGGGCCCACUGACCCUCAGUGGGUCAAGGUGGAGACCAACAUAGAGGUGAACUUUGGGAAGCUACCCAUGGCUAUGCGCCUUCCCUUUGCUUGUAAGAUCAGGAGGAACUUCCUGUCAGGGAUCCAUGUGGAGUUCAAACAGUCUCCCCACCAGAGGAGUCUCCGAGCCCAGCUCCACUGGCUCCAGGUGGAUAACCAGCUAACAGGAGCAAUAUUUCCUAUUGUGUUCAAUCCAGUUCCCCCACCAAAGUCCAUCGCCCUGGACUCAGAACCGAAGCCUUUUAUCGAUGUGAGCAUCAUCACAAGGUUUAAUGAACACAGUCAAGUGAUGCAGUUCAAGUACUUCAUGGCGUUGGUCCAGGAGAUGGCUGUGAAGAUUGACCAGGGCUUCCUGGGAGCCAUCUUGGCUCUGUUCACCCCCGCCACAGACCCGCAGGCCGACAAGCUGAAGACCAAGCUGCUAGAGAAGGACCUGGAGAGGCUGCAGGCCGAGCUGAUGGAGGCGUCCAUGACCGACACCUCUGGCCUCAGCUUCUUUGAACACUUCCAUAUCUCUCCCAUCAAACUGCAUUUGAGUCUGUCCCUGGGCUCCAGCGAGGAUGAGUCAGACCAGCAGGAAAUCGUGGCCAUCCAGUCUGUCAACCUGCUGCUGAAGAGCAUCGGGGCCACCCUCACCGAUGUGGACGACCUCAUCUUCAAGCUCGCCUACUUUGAAGUGAAGUACCAGUUCUACAGGAGGGAGAAGCUGAUGUGGGCUGUGAUUGGACACUACAGCGAGCAGUUCCUGAAGCAGAUGUACGUGCUGGUGCUGGGCCUGGACGUCCUGGGGAAUCCUUUUGGGCUGAUCCGAGGCCUGUCUGAGGGAGUGGAGGCUUUCUUCUACGAGCCCUUUCAGGGAGCAGUGCAGGGGCCAGAGGAGUUUGCGGAAGGCUUGGUGAUUGGGGUGCGCAGCCUACUCGGUCACACCGUUGGGGGAGCUGCCGGCAUGGUGUCCAGGAUCACUGGCUCGGUGGGGAAAGGCCUGGCAGCCAUCACCAUGGAUAAGGAGUACCAGCAGAAGAGAAGGGAGGAGAUGAACAGACCACCCAAGGACUUUGGAGAGAGUCUGGCCAAGGGAGGCAAGGGCUUCAUCAAGGGAUUCGUUGGGGGGGUAACCGGCAUCGUGACAAAACCUGUUGAAGGGGCCAAGAAAGAGGGAGCAGCAGGUUUCUUCAAGGGCAUUGGGAAGGGUCUGGUGGGCGUAGUGGCCAGACCCACCGGAGGCAUCGUAGACAUGGCCAGUAGCACCUUCCAGGGAAUCCAGAGGGUGGCAGAGUCGACGGAGGAGGUGACCAAGUUGAGGCCUGUAAGGUUGAUCAGGGAGGAUGGCAUCAUCCGACCUUAUGACCAGGGGGAGUCCCGAGGCUAUGACUUAUUCCAGCAUGAUGAGGAAUAGGGUUUGGGGUUGUUACAGUUCUUAGAGGUUUUCUCCUAAUAGUGUCAUUGAAGUGAUAUUGAUGACCAUGUAUAAAACUACUUAUGUUAAUAUUAUAUUACUAUUUGAAUGAACCAAGGCCAGUUGCGUAACAAAGUACAGUAAGUCUGUGCCAUGGCCUAUUUUCUUUGUAGUUUGUACAGUAUAUUUGUACAUACUAUUCAAAUAUUACAGUGGAAAUUCUGGAUCCAUUACUGAAUCCUUAUGCAUGCCAAAGCAAAUAUAUCUGUUCAUACUAUACUUCAAGCAUUUUAUUUUGCCAAAUGUUUGGUUAGUACAGUUUUUUUUAACAAACAUUUUUCAUCUACAUUUAUUCUGGAGAAUGUAUCUUAUAAUAAUAUAAUGUUUUGUUGAUCAAGAGUUCUCAUAUGCUAUCUACCCCUGGAGUGGCACACAAUGGAAGAUAAUUAUUUUACUAAAAAGAUGUUUACAGUGUGGUAGGUUGUUGCAAUAUUUUUGUAAAAGGUUUGUAACAUCACCUUUCAAAUCAUUGCUUUCAUACCUGUAAAUAACCAUUCAUUUCCUGUAUUUAUACAAUAUAUACUAUGUUGAAAUGUUGUACUCCAACAUUUAUUAGUUUAUGAAUUAAUACAAACUUAUGCAAAAGGUAUUUGUAUAAACAAUGUUUAAUGCAUGAUCAGGUGAUGUUAUUUGAUAAAUACAUUGAUACAUCCAAUAUAUGCUACAGCCUCAAUAACCGAAUCGUUCCUAAGUUAGCAAUUGAUUGCCUUCAAGUUUCCAAAUGUAUGUUUUAGUUGUAUUAUCCUUUCCAUAUUUAUUGUGACACACAUUUUUAUUCAGCCUAAUAAACAAAUACCCAUAUGUAGAUGUGAAAAUAAGAUGCAAUGUAUUUCUGAUUUAAUUGAACAAUGGGAUUCAUUAGCAGUAGAAAUGUAGUGUUGCACUAUACAAAAAUUAAAAAACAAAACACCUAGUGAAUUUAUUGAAUUAAUUUUUUAAACAUGAAUAAAAAAAAACGUUUUUAAAGAUGUUCACUUAAUCUCCAAUUAGGUAGUUCUUAAAAAUAUAAUAUAUUCAUUUAAAAUGUAAACAAUUAUAAGUAGGAAACAAUAAUACAUUAUCAAAUGAAUAGUACCAUAUACAGCAAAAUAAAAAUUUGCUAAUAAAUAAGUAUCCUUGAAUAGAAAUAUUACAUGUCCAGUAGGAAGAAGUAUUUGGUUCUGACAUGCCACCAUGUCUU